AUGGGUUCACAUCAUAGUAAACAACGAAGUAGAGGAGGAGGAGGAGGAGAAAUGACAAGCAAUGGUGAAUUUAUAAAUAGUAAUCAUGAAUCAUUUGGACCCUCUUCUUCUUCAUCAUCGUCGUUUGUUACAAUGUCUCCAUCAUUUUCAAAAAGAGGUGAAAAUAAGAUUAAAAGUAGUGGAUCAAGUACAUUUAACCUUUUGCGAAGAGUUGGUAGUACAACUAGUAGUAAUAACACAACACCGACAUUGGAUGGAAUGUCACCUGCUUUAUCAUCAUCAAACAUGAUGUUGGAUGUCGAUGACCAUCUAUCCAAUCUAUCUCUAAUGAUUUCAAAAAAGAACAAAAAGAAAAAACCAAAGAAACUAUUGAAACAACAACUUGUAUCAUCCUCUUCAUCCACAACAACAACUCCUUCUCAUCCUCUUCCUUCAUUACCAUUGGAAGAAUUUAUUGAUGAAAAUAAUCAAGCUCAAAUUUAUUUAAAUAAUAAUAAUAACAAAAAUGGUGGUGAAAAGGAUGAUGAUUCAAAUCAAGAUUCAGAACAAGACAAUAGUGGCGAAGAAGAAGAGGAAAGUGAUGAAAUUAUAAAUAUUAUGGACGAUGAUUUAUUUCAACUUUAUGAAACAAAUGGUUAUUAUGAUGAUGAUGAUGAAGAUAAUAUAAUACAACAAGGAAUGUACACUAGAAAUGUAUCAUUGGCAUCGAUUACAUCAUCGUCGUCUCCUACUACUACUACUAAUCUUCAAGGUCGCCAUCCAUUUUCAGCAUCAUCCAAGUUGUCGUAUGGAUCGUCAUCGUCGUCAUCAUGGUUUUAUCUACAAGGAAUAGACAGAUCACUAUUAUCUAGAGAGAAUGACAGACAUAUCAUAGUACUGUCGACACAUGAAAUGAUCGAUCGUCUAUGUCUAGAGAUUCAUCGUACAUCUGAGGUAAUAGGGUUGUCACUGAUAUCAACCUCUAUCCUUUUACAACACUUUAAAUUUGAUCAUCACAAAUUGAUGCAACACUAUGUCGAAAAGGGGGAGAAUGCAACCUUUCAACUGGUCGGUCUCCCACUCUCCCUACUAGAUCUCAUCAGCCAAGAAACCGACGCUCACAAUAUCGAAUCAUUACAAGAUUGCUUUAAAACUUUAAAAGAGUCUCUUAAACUAUCAGCUCUUCGAAAAAUUGCUUUUGAUGGUAUGGAUACAUCAAUUUCAACUAAUCGUAAUAAUAAUAACAAUCAAUAUAAUAAUCAGUAUAAUAAUAAUCAAAAUAAUCGUCAUCGAAAUCAAAAUAAUAAUACAAUUAGAAAUAGAAUUAGAGUUGUUAGAUGGACAUUAAACGAUCGUGAGAAUUCUAGUCGUCGUCAUUCAUCGACCAUGACAACUAGAGUCAACUCUUCAAAUGAUAUUCUUCAUGACACUACUGACGCAUUGUCAUCAUCAUCAUCAUCGACUUCAACCACUGUCAGAAGAUAUAAUCAUGAUUAUAAUCCAUAUUCUAGGUUUUCACAAGUGGCUAAUCAUAAUCAUCACAACAACCGAUUAAUGGUGGGUCAUCAUCAUCAUCAUCAUCAUCAACAAGACGAGGACGACGACGACGACGAUCAACAAGACAAUCAAGUAGAGGAUAGUCAUAGAAUAGCUGUUAUGGAAUCUUUGGUUUCACAAGUACUGGAUGUAUUUCCAGAUUUGGACAAUGAAAGAAUUAUACAUGCACUUUCACAAUACGACAAUAAUCACGAACGUAUCAUCAAUGCCAUUUUAGAAGGUGUUUUAAUUAUUCCUUCUAGGUCUCAAACCAACAGUAAUAUUAAUAACAAUAAUAAUAAUAAUAACAAUAAUAACAAUAAUACCAUCCCAUUGGUAUUACCAAUACAAGCAACAUCAACAACAUCUACUACUACUACUACAUCUUCUUCAAAUUUAGAUUCAACCCAAUCAAUUAUAGAAUCAAUUAAUAAUAAUAAUAAUAAAGAAGAAAAACAAAACAAUGAAUCAUCAUCUUCAUCCUCAUCUUCAUCCUCUUCAUCUCCUUUAUCAAGUCCAAAACAAGAACGUGGUGAAUUAACAAAGGGCAAUAGUAUGGCUAGUAUAUUUAGUAUUACCAGUGAUGAAGAUAAUGGAUUGAAUCCUUUAAAUCCUCAUAUACAAUCAUUACGGUCCUAUGACAUUGACAAUCCUCCUCCUUCACCUCGUCCCAUUAGAAGAUUACCCUUUAUAUCAAAAUUAUUAAGAGAUAGUAACGAUGAUUUACUCAUCGAUAUCAACAACAAACACACAAAUAAUCUAAAUAAUUCACAGACAAUCAACAAUAACAAUAACAAUAGUAACAAUAGUAACAAUAGUUUACAUGAUUCUUCAUCGGAAUCGUCUGAAUUAUUUUGUAAUUAUUAUCGAAAUAGUGAUAGAAUUAAAAAUAGAAGAGCUAGUAAUCUAAAUAAUAUUAGUAAUUAUCAAAAUAAUCAAAUCAUUUUGGAAGAAAAUGAUCAAGAAGAAGAACAAGAAGAAAAAGAUAAUCAAGAUGCUGAUGAUGAAGAGGAAGAUGAUGACGAUAAUGAUAAUAGUGAGGAGGAAGAAGAAGAUGAUUGUAUACAAUUAUUUUCUCCAUCUACCGUUGGAUCCUCUAUUAUCACAAAGCCAAUGUCAUUUAGUAGUAACAAUUCAUCAUUUUUAUCAAACAUUGAUGAAUUUAAUAUUAGUCUUGGCGAUUUUAAUCAUCAUCCACUAAGAAAUUUAACAAGUACAACAUCAACUACUACAACUAUAAAUAAUAAUAAUAAUAUUUACAACCACAAUUCAAAUUUAAUUGUGAAUCGACAAGACAUUGAAGAGGAAGAAGUAGAGGAAGAACCACAACAAAAUAUAGUUGAACAAGACAUUGAAGAAGAGGAGGAAAUGGAUGAAAAGGAUGGAGCUGAUAUUCAUAUGGCAAAUGGUGCAGAAGAAUAUAUUCAAGAUGAAGAAGAUGAUGAUGAUGAAGAAUUGGAACAACAAGAAGAUGAAAAUGGAGAAGAAAUUAUUAUUAAUAAUAACCAACAAAAUAAUAAUAAUAAUAAUAAUAAUAAUAAUAAUAAUAAUAAUAAUAAUAAUAAUAAUAAUAAUAAUAAUAAUAAUAAUAAUAAUAUUCUACCUCCUUGUUUAACAAUAGAAAAUAAUGAUGAACAACAAGAAAAUAAUAAUAAUAAUAAUAAUGGUGACCAAUUAAUGUGUUUAGUAUGUUUAUGUGAUAUUGAAAUAUCACAUUCAUAUUCAUUGGCAUGUAAACAUACUUAUUGUUUGGAUUGUUGGAAAUCAUAUCUUUGUACCAAAGUUGAUGAAGGAAUUCAAAGUUUACAUACAAAGUGUAUAAGACCACAAUGCAAGUAUGUACAUCAAAUCAGUCAGAGAUAUGAUCAGACAUUUUUUUAUUCACAUCUAUUCUACUUCUACUUUAGUUUAAUAAUAGAUUUAUUAAGUUUUAAAAAAUUGAUUGGUGAUACAAAACAAUAUCAUAAAUAUAGUUGGUAUUUUUUAAAAUCAUUUAUUGAAAAUAGUCCCAAAUCAUCAUGGUGUACGAAUCCAGAGUCAUGUUCAAAAGUGAUCUACUAUGAUGGUGUCAUUGAUAUUCCUCUUACACUCAAUGUCACUUGUACAAGUUGUGAUUGGCGAUUCUGUUUUCAUUGUGGUGAAGAAACUCAUCACCCUUCAACUUGUAAACAACUGUCGGAUUGGAAAUUAUUAAAAACAAGAGAAGAAGGUCAAAAUGCUUUAUGGUUAUCUCAAAAUACUAAAAAAUGUCCAAUUUGUAAAAUUCAUAUUGAAAAGAAUGAAGGAUGUAUGCAUAUGAAAUGUACAUGUCAAUAUGAAUUUUGUUGGCUUUGUAAAGGACCUUGGAGUGAACAUGGGGAUAGAACAGGUGGAUUCUUUUCAUGUAAUCGAUAUGAUCCUUUGAAACAUGAUACAGCCGAUCUCGACAAAUCAUUUGGUAUCUAUGUUCAUAAUUUUCAACGAUUCAAUUAUCAUCACAAUGCUAAAAGGGUUGCCAUUCAAAAACAAUCUCAACUUGUUUCUCUUGCUCCUGAACAUUCAAAAUAUUAUAUCAAACCAUCCCCAAAACCAAAACCAAAUCGUAUCCAUCCAAAUCAUCAACAUUAUAAUAAUAAUAAUAAUAAUGGACAUUAUAAUUAUAACAAUCAUCAUCAUAAUCAUAAUUUGGAAUCUUCAUCUUCUUCAAAUGUUGUUGACGACCAUUCACUUUAUGGUAGUCAUGAUGACAUGGAACAACCAAAAACUAAUACUACUACGACACAACAACAACCAAGUUCAUGGGAAAAAGAUUACUUGUUUGAAGGAAUAGAAUUGGUGAUUGAAUGUAGAAAUGUAUUGAAAUAUACUUAUGUCUAUGGAUUCUAUAUACAAGAUGAAAAGGAAAAGGAAUUAUUUGAAUUCCUUCAAGAGGAUUUGGAAAAGAGUACAGAACAUUUGGUUGAAAAUCUAUUCAAGGAAAUUGAUAAUCUUGCAUUACCAACAACAGUGGUAUCAGUGAUCAACAAUCCAUCUCCAUCUCAAUCACCUUUAUCUGCAGCUCAUCAUCAUCAUGUAUACAACCAACAACAACAACCUCAACAUCAACCUCAACACAUUUCACAAAAUCAACAAUAUAAUGGUGUUUCAUCAUCCAAUUUAUCUGUAUCAUCUUCAUCAUCAUCUUCUUAUUAUACCAAUACCAAUACUAGUUGUAGUAGUAAUCAUCAACAACAUAAUAACAAUUCACAACCCCACCAGUAUUAUAGUUUUGAACAACAGCAACAACAACGACAACUUCAAAUUCAACAACAAUUACAACUCCAACAACAAGCUCAUAUAACCAAUUACAUCAAGAUUACUCACAACUUUUUGGAAAAUUUGUUGAGUGGCAUCCACAAUGGGUUGACAUCCAACUAUGCACCUCCAUGCUACCAACAAAAUCGACGAAAAAAAAGAAGUAGAUAUGGAUUUGGUUUUAUCAAUAGUAGUAGUCAUGGAUACCACCGCAAUAAUAGUAGUAAUCAACAACAAGGUCAACACUCAAAGAAUGUAAUUUCCAUUUUAAAAAGAAAACUUACAUUUUCAAAAGGAUAA